AUGAAUAUUCACAGGGCCCUGUUAGAAGGAAACAUUGGAGAAGAUGGAGCACGUGUUGGCCUGUCCAAACCAACCCCUGCUUCCAAGACACAGAACCAGCGGGAAGCCCGCAGUGAUACCUCGAGGAGGUCUGGCUUGUUGGCGGAGGCGCCGGCCGGGGAGGGGAGGAGCGCGGAGGGGGAGGCGGUGGACGGGGAGGACCCCAGCCUGCAGCCGUCCGCGGCCAAGAAGGUGAAGCUGGAGCUGAAGGAGAGGAAGGAGAAGAAGCACAAAGUGGACGAGGACGAGAUCCAGAAGAUGCAAAUACUGGUCUCUUCCUUUUCUGAAGAACAGCUGAACCGUUACGAGAUGUAUCGCCGGUCUGCUUUCCCCAAAGCUGCUAUUAAACGGCUGAUCCAGUCCAUCACCGGCACCUCUGUCUCUCAGAACGUGGUUAUCGCCAUGUCUGGCAUUUCCAAGGUCUUCGUUGGGGAGGUGGUGGAAGAAGCACUGGAUGUCUGUGAGAAGUGGGGAGAGCUGCCACCUCUGCAGCCCAAACACAUGCGAGAGGCGGUCAGGAGGCUUAAGUCACGAGGACAGAUCCCCAACUCCAAGUAUAAAAAGAUCAUCUUCCACUGAAAUGUCCCAAGAGAAGACAGAAGUUAAAACAAGUUCCCGGUUGUGAACCUCACAACAGCUACAGCAGAGCUACGAGACUGAAGCUCCUUCGGGAGCGUUGUGUGUAGACUUAAGUGACUGCAGGCAGGCUUCCUGCCAUCGCUGCUGGAGUCUGGCAUUCAUCUGAGCAUGGUGCAGAAAUGGGCAGGAGCCAAAUCCCUGACCUGGAGGCUUAGGCUCCCUCUCCUUCAACAGAGCAGGGAUAAGAACGCCCAAGGUCUUCGGUGUAUUCACCCACCAGGGUCAUACUUUCUCCUGGCACAGAUGUAGUGGUGUCUCUGUACAGAAGUGUGUCUUUUUUUUUUGUACAUUAAACUUGUUAUGGUAUUCUUAGUCUUGCUGGGAAA